AUGGCUAUCAACACAGGAAUGUCUUGGUGCCAUGCCUUUCUUAUAGUGUGCUUAGUUCCACUAGCCCAUCUUGCAACUGCCACUGAAAGACAGAUAUUUCCUCCAGUAUUACCGGAUAUUUUACACGGCAACUAUUUGGCUGGCCAUGGCGGAGCUGAUCCGACUGAGAAAAUCUUUAACGUACUAGAUUUUGGCGCCGUCACCAAUGGAAAGAAAGAUUCAUCCCUUUCUCUCAUACGAACAUGGAUUGCGGCAUGCCGAGGUACUCACACCGGGAAAUCAAGGGUUGUGAUUCCUGAAGGAACAUUCAAAGCGGGACCGGUUAUAUUUCAGGGUCCAUGCACCUCCAAGAAGCCUAUCAUUGUUGAAAUUAGAGGAACUGUUUUAGGAGCCAAUGACUUGUCCUUGUAUAAAGAACCAUCCUGGAUCUUAAUUGAAAGGGUUGACGGAGUGAUCGUUACAGGCAGGGGUACUCUUGAUGGUCAAGGUUCAAGUGUCUGGAAACACGUUGAGAGCUGCAGCGGCAGCAACUGCAGUCCACUCCCACCGAACCUAAAAUUUAACAGAGUCACAAACGGGGUCAUCCGCGGCAUCAAUUCGCUACACCCUAAGGGAGUGCACAUUUUCAUUACAGAGAGCCAGAACAUUAGGGUGCACUGGGUCCAAAUCGAAGCGCCUGCAACAAGCCCUAACACCGAUGGCAUACACAUAAGUGACUCAAACAACGUGAGGAUUGCCAGAACUCGCAUUUCUACUGGGGAUGACUGCGUUGGUAUGAUUCAGGGAUCCACCAACAUUGCCAUCAACAAAGUCUUUUGCGGACCUGGACAUGGAAUCAGCGUUGGUAGCCUUGGCAAGUACGAGACUGAAAAUGAUGUAAGAGGGAUCGUUGUCAAGAACUGCACUUUCAACAACACAGACAACGGUAUCAGAAUCAAGUCGUGGCCCGGUUCGCAGCCAAGUCUAGCUACCGGCAUGAUUUUCCGGGACCUAAUCAUGCAAAAUGUUAAGAACCCCAUCAUAAUCGACCAGGAGUACGGUUGUAAUGACAAAUGCAACAAAGCGCCAUCGAAAGUGAAGAUCAGCAAUGUGCAUUACAUCAACGUUAAGGGAACAACAUCAUCGGAUAUUGCAGUGGACCUGAUCUGCAGCAGCCACUCUCCUUGUGAAGACAUUGAGCUUCGUGACAUUGAUUUGAAGUACGUAGGUCCGAAGAAAGUUAGGACUAGCUCUCAGUGCAAGAAUGCGAAAAUAGGUUAUGGUGGCAUUCAAAACCCACCGGCUUGCCGUUGA